AUGGCUCGAGAAUAUGACCAUUUGUUUAAGUUACUGAUUAUCGGGGACAGCGGUGUCGGGAAAAGCAGUCUACUAUUAAGAUUUGCUGACAAUGUAUUUUCAGGGACAUACAUAACAACUAUUGGAGUUGACUUUAAAAUUAGAACCAUUGAUAUAAAUGGAGAACGAGUCAAGCUUCAGAUAUGGGACACAGCCGGACAGGAACGCUUUAGAACAAUUACGUCAACGUAUUACAGAGGUACACACGGGGUUGUAGUUGUGUAUGAUGUUACUAGUGGUGAAUCCUUCGCAAAUGUACAAAGAUGGCUGCAUGAGAUAGAUCAGAACUGUGAUGUGGUAAAUAGAAUUUUAGUUGGAAACAAAGAUGACGAUCCAGAAAGAAAAGUAGUCCUCACCCAGGAUGCUCAAAGGUUUGCCGAGCGCAUGCAGAUCCAGUUGUUUGAAACCAGUGCCAAAGAGAAUAAAAAUGUGGAAGAGAUGUUUAAUGCCAUAACUAGACUGGUGCUGGAGUCAAAGCGUAAGAUGCAAGACGAGGCAAGAAAACAGCCGACAAACACAAUACGUGUUGGCCCCAGUGCGGCAGCAAAGAAGAAGCAGAAGUGCUGUUAA